CAGAGCACAAUCAUUGAGAUGGAAGUGGGUUUCACAGGACUCAAUUUCACUCUGCCAGCUCCUCGAAUUGUCGCACCAAACAUGAUACCCUCCGUUUAUCUUCCCUCCUGUCUGAAAUCCCAAUCAAGGAGCACAUCCAAAGUGGUGUGUACUUACUACCAAAACAAGACCUUGUUCCAGAGGGGAUCGUCUAAUGCAGAUCUUCUGGGUGGCAUAGUUGGACUCUCUGUGGAGAACGAGAUCAUCAAAAACCUCCCAGAACCUGUCAGAAUCAGCUUUCAUCACUCUGCUCUCCCACCUAACCAUUCUAGAAGUUGUGUUUCAUGGGACACAAGACGAGAUAAUGAAGUGACCUGGAGAUAUGACGGCUGUGAGACUGUUCAAAUCCACGACACAGAGACAGAAUGUUGCUGUAAUCAUCUCACAUACUUUGCUAUUCUUGUGCAAGUGGAACAGAAGACUACAGUUCGCCAUCUACAGGCUCUGACGUUCAUUACCGCUGUGGGCUGUGCCGUGUCCUUAGUUAGCUGUUUGGUUCUCUUCUAUUGGCUCUGUAAACGCAGAGGGAAGAAAACCCAGAUCUCACUGGUUCACCGUGGUCUAGUAGUGGCAAUAUUUCUUCUGUGCUUAUUCUUCAUUCUUACUGGUACACUGGCCAAUGUAGGAAAUGAAAUUGUUUGUAAGAUAACAGGAUCCCUUCUGCAUUAUGCGCUGCUCAGCACCCUCUGCUGGAUGGCCAUGGAAGUGUUUCACACAUUCUUGCUGAUCCGCAAGGUGUUCAACUCAACUCUCCCGACAUGGAUAUUUUACUUGGUAGGCUUUGGUCUCCCGGUUCUGCUAGUCAGUAUACUGCUCUUGAUAGAGUGGCUUGGAGUUGACGUGGAUAUUUAUGGCGAAAGGAUGAUUGUACCAAGUGAUGAUGUCAACAAUCCUUACCGCAUGUGCUGGAUGUUGGCGAAUGACAACAGCCUAUUGGCUCAUUACAUCAUAAAUGUUGGCUUACUAGCUGUUGUGGUGAGCUCUGGUGCAGUCAUGCUUUUCCUUGUGGUGAGGGAGAUCCACAACCGGCCUGACUGGAAGAAGAUUCAUGUGGCUUUUCUCAGUAUCUGGGGUCUCACCUGUCUGUUUGGCACGACGUGGGGCCUUGGUUUCCUGGAUUUUGGUCCUAUGUCAGAGACCAUUCUCUUCCUCUUCUGCAUUAUCAAUAGUUUACAAGGAUUUUUUCUCAUGCUGCGAUACUAUGCUCUUGAACGGAUGAAAAAGAAAGAUAGGUCCAUUUCAGAUGGGAGCAGUUCUGGAUCUUCAAAACAGCAUAUGUUACAGACUCAUGAGAAGAGUUAAAACCCUGGUGAUGCUCAAACAGUGUCUUUCUGCCAAAUUUCACUUCUUUCAGAGAUGUUACCAUAAAAGAUUAUUCACAAAGGGCAUUUGUAAAGAUCCUUUCUCAUCCUGCUGGUCAGGGUGUUGAAUGUUCCUCAGGUGACAUUGCAUUGAUAUUGGGUCACAUGCAGAGCUUCGGGUAGAUAAGCAUAAAUGCUUCACCUGUCAUAAGCUGUAUUUCUGUAUUCAUAUUCUUAGUAUGAGUAUGAUAGUUUGUUUCAGCCUUGCACUUUAGCUUUUUUAUUACUGUGUAAAAUUGCUGUAUUCAUUGUGAGAUGUGAAUAGGAGUUCUAGCAAAUCACUUUUAAUGAUGAAUAAAAAAUAAUUUCAUUUUUUGGUUAAAAAGUUCAAUUGUGUGAGAAAAGUUGCAAGUUAAAACUGCCACCAAAAAAAAGUGCAUUCCUCAUGUAUUUUUAGGAUCAAGGUAAAUGAGCUCAGAACUGUUUAUUAGUUCUGUCAGAAGCAAGUUGCACUUUUGUUCGUUGUUAGUUUU